UGUAUUUUUUUGCCAUUAAGGGGUACCAAUCAACAUACGGAUGGCCAACAAGGUGCUGGACACGAGCCAAGAGGUGAAGAGCACAUAUACUCCCUUGAAAGCACCUCAGGUUCUCACCAGGUAAGCUGUUCCAUCCCCUUUGCACAUAAAUCCUGUUUCAAUCUCAGUAGCGUCUGCAAAAAGCCAAAAGUUAAAAAACAUCAACCGAGUAACCUUCUGACUUACUCCCUCGGGAGGCUAUACAUCUUCUUAUACAAGGGGGCAGAGUUUGGUGGGGGUUGGGGAGGGGGCAAAGUAAAAGAAAAACUAAAAUCUAUCAUUCCUCCGCAGAGCCAAACAGCAGGAAGGGGCGACGAGCAAGAACAGCAGGAGGCUCCAGUAGCCACACAAACAACAGACCACCAAUGGGGUCGACGUGAACGGAUCUGGUAAGGCACAAAUUGCCUGACACAGAAAAAGACAACGAUUACGUACUGACUAGUCACUACCUAUCAUUGUGCAUGAAGUAUCACUAAAACAAUCAUGCACAUGUCCUCAUAUAUCAAGUGUGUGCAUUGAAGUGCAAUUUAGGUGACCACUGCUGGGAUCUAACACAUUUCCUUUACAUGUCUUUUUUUAGUGGUAUAGCUUCUCAGCUACCUUAUCUUCCUACAGCAACUGCAUAUCAGGUAGGUAUACAACAGCAGUAAUAACUGCAGACAGUUUAGGAAGGAAGGAGGAAGGAGUUAUGGAUGAGAGGACAACAGACGUGCCCUUCUUACAUGUACACUGUGUUUGUACUAAAAUACCUUUCUUUGUGACAGUACAUAAGUUUGCAGUAUGUGAGAGAAAUUAAAUGCUUUUUGGAACGGAAAAAGCAGCACUGAUAAAACAAAAGCAAAUCAAUUAAAGUCGAUUAUUAUAGUAAAACUCCACCUACAGGAACCUUUCAGCUAUAACGUUUGGCAUUUAACUGAAUCUUUACUAUAGAACGUGUUAAACACAAAGUGAAAUCAAGUUUCUUGUACACAAGGAACAGAUUUACGCCAACACCACUUCCACUGAAAUCAGCAGCAAGCACCUCUCACAGUUCGGUUAAUUAAGUUGUGAAGAUGAAUAAUUCAGGCUUUCACAAUUUCGCAAAAAUAAUUUAAGAAAGGAAAGAAACGCGUGAGUUACAAUUGGCACUUUCAUUUAUCAGCCAAGGCCCGGUUCCUCGAAAGAUGGUUAAGUUAAACCCAGGAUUAUGCCACAUUUAAAGCACACUUUUCUUGCCUAAAAAUAUGUAACUCGAGCUUACAAAAUACUGUUAGGCCUUUACUCCGAGACACAGUAAUGAUAACACAAAAUAUCACUUUACGCAAUACAUAGGAAGGUACUAUACAAAAACGGAACAAAAUUUUAAUCCUGGAUUAACGCUAAUCGGCCUUUCAAGAACGGGCCCCAGGUAUAUAUGUGAUCUCACGUUUCUUUUUUCCUUUUUUAGGCGAACCAAGGGGCAUUAAGUAGCGACGACAACAUACAACAGCGCAGGUAAGAAACACAGUCUGUUUCAGCCAUUCCUUAACAGAGCUAUACAUCCCAUCAAACAAAACAUUAAAAAAACGCGACUUUUUUCCCUCGUUUUCCAUUUUUUAGCCUCUGAUAUCUUAGUGCAUGUCCCGCAUUUAAGGAGUCGACUUCAAAUAACAAUUAAAGGCAAAGUAUGAUUAAAGUUUUAAUAGCUUACUAUUUCACCAUCACCGUCCUUAACCGACGUAUGUAUGUUCAAACCUACGAUAAUUAAUGUACUUUUUGUAUUAGAGUUCAAAGAAAUGACGAAGACCAACGUCAACAUCUACGAAAUCAACAAGAUGCACAUGAGGAUCAAAAUGUACGUAAAAAUAUAUACACAGUCCUCACUUGGGUAGUCUGCUACGUAACCGUUCGUUAUGUCGUCACGCUAGUAACGGCUGUGUUUGGGUCGUCACGCAACCCUCCUUCGGGGAAAAGCGUCGUGUGACGACAAAAAAAAAACAACGGUCGCCGAGGAGACCAGUCUCCCACGAAGCCGUUUUUGUCUCGUCACGUAACGCUCCUCCCCUAAUUUGGAGAUGAGAGUUGCGUGACCAGACAAAAACGGCUGCGUGGGAGACUAGGUGACGAAAAGUAGAAAUACGGCUCAAAACUUAUCAUAUUUAUGCACACAAGUUAAAAAAAAAGUGACCUGGCAAGGCAUAGUGAACAGAGGGAUAAAACUCUAUCACUAAAGACAGACAUGCCAAAAGAACAGCGCACUGCCGAUACUCAAAUAUGAUUUCGCGAAAGGUCCCUCGUAACAAAGCAAAAACAUUCAGCUCUCAACAUUUGGGUGCUUUAUUUCAUGUGGAACUUUAAAAAGGUAAACAAGAGGAUGACUAAGAUCUGUUAGCGGACGGAUUCUUGAUUGUUUUAAUAACAAUGUCUCUUAUUUAUUCCUAUGUUAGCUCUUUCCACUGCCCGGGUGGACUACAAGUGGAAGAAGAGUGCAGCAGCCUGAACAACAGUCUCCAGGGUAUGGCAUAGAACAACAGAUACGUUAUACAGAUUCGCCCAUCAAAAUACAAGACCUUGUUAUUGCCAGAACUCCCAUGGACUCUAGGAUUAUCGCUUUUGUAUAGCCUUAAACUCUAAUAAGGCCUCAGCAACACCCGAGGAAUCUCCACCAGUUUGAGUCUGCGCGAAUUAUUUAAGUGCCUUUAACGUAAAAAUUUUGAUUAUGUUAACUGGAAGAACACAUUACUACAAGAACAAAAUGGGAUUUUUUAGAGUUUUUUUUUUAAGUAUAAAUUUCUUAGACACACCCUUUCCGCUGACCACGAAAUUGAUAGGCUCAUAUGAGAAGUCAAGAGACGUAGAUUCAGGAACUGAAAAGCGGGAUUUUAUUCAACUGUCUUGUUUGUAUGUUUUCGGGUGUGCUUCUGAAAGGCAUGAUGACAGACAAAGUUUUUCCCUUUCUUCUCUUUUCUGCAUUCUCAUUCUUAAAAUACUGUAAUAAUUUGGUUUUAGCCAGGCCUUAUGAUGAGUAAGACAAACAGAAUAAAAGAGAGAGAGAUGAAAAGAAAAACAACACUUUCUUUACUCUUCCCUUUCAGGGGUGUAUUCUGUGAUUUAGGAACUGGACACCCACAGGUAGGUAUAUUUAGGUACUGAAAUUCAGGUUGCUGCAUUCGGCGCAUGAUCAUAAACCUCGGCUAUUCACUGGCGAUUACUUGCUUGCGCCCCUUAACUAACUACUGUGAGCAUCACGCUAAUUUACGCAAAGACCAAACCGAAAAAACACACACACACAAAUCGCUGGUGACUGCCUUAAAAGCAAGUGCCCCAAGGUUGUGUGAAAGUUUAACAUUAUCCGUGUUUUAGUAUACGCUCUGCAGGGUGUUAAUUUGUUAAUAGAGGUCUGAUCUGUAACAUCAUUACAGCUCCCAAUUUACUAUGAAUUUGGAAUAGAUCUGGCGUAAAAAUUCUUUUAUAAGCACUUGAAUUACCGGACGACCUUAACUGAGCGAGACGUCAAAUUUUCAUAAAAAUACCCACAAAUUUUGGUUCUUCUCACGAAAGGUUCGACGUUUGGCCUGGGCCUAAAUCUACUCGAAGUUUAGGUUUAAAAUCAGUCUCUGUGUAAAGGAACAAAAAAUUCCUUUCUAGGUUCAGGCAAUAAUCAAGUUUUGAAUUUUUCCAAAGAAACGCACCUAUCGUUAGGAUUGGUUCAGUUAGAUACUUUUUUAUAGUUUACCUUUCGUUAACGGCAUUCUGUAAACUUACUUCACUUUCUUACAUGCCGCUUUUACUUUAUAUUCACAGGAGCAGGAUUGUGUGUGCGAUUCAUGUCAUCGUACAUAAAAAAGCCUCGUUAAGUUUACAGUUUUUCUUGUUAUUUGGUAAUGUUGUAAGUGUUGAUUUCACAGCUACUAAGAGGAGCAUAAAGGUUUCAUAGCUCUUUGUCAGGUUCAUUUUUUUUUUGUUAUAUUUAUCUAUCUUUAUUUUUAUUUAUUUAUUUAUUUAUUCAGGCGAAAAUGUCACUGAGAGAGGUGUCUUGAAAAAUUAACUAUGCUAAUUUUCGCAUUUUUCAGCUCUCUAUUGAGCCCGCAUUUUCUCUUCUAGAUCACAGGGAUCUGGGGCCCGUUUCUCGAAAGUCCCGGUAACUCUUCGGGCCCGAAAUCAAAUAUUCAAAUCGAAAUAUAAAGAAUAAAAGCGAGGGUCCUGGCAAGCAAACUACUCCAUUUUGUUUCAUUAACUGAUAGUUUUAUCACUUUAGAUGCAAAACUAUUGGAACCUCGAUCUUUAAUGUAAACGGAGACAGCUUACCGGGCCCGUUAAUUAUCGG